UUAGCUGUUGUGUGCGUGUGUGUUUGUGUGUGUGUGUGUGUGUGUGUAGCACGUAUGCUGGAAUGCGUGAAACAUGACUCUGCCUUGGUCAAUCAUAAUCGCUUACCUCGUUAUUAACCCGCCUCCUCACCAGCUGUGAGCCAGGGGUGCGUUGGGAUUACACUGUUCAUUCAAUCAAUGCAUAGUAACGCACCGCAUUUUACUUUCCAGUAACGUUAACGGCGCUGUAACGAAGGGAAAAGAAAUGAGUUAGAUUACCCCGUUACUGAAAAAAUAACGCUGUUACCUAACGCCGUUCUUUUAAACGGCGUUAUUCCAAACACUGAUCCUGACUGACAACUGUCUCUACUACUUUGAAUUCACCACUGUAAGUUCUAAGUGUGUGGUUUACACUCUCAAAUUUAAGACUAAGAAAGCAUCUCUUUUUGGCUUCAUCAAAAGGCUUUUCACAACUUGCUGAUAUGACUUGUUUUUAUGACAUGUUUUUUCAGAAAUGACAUGACAUGCAUGCAUUUCAGAAAGUACAUAUUGUCUUACUAUAUUCUGUAAUAAAUUGUUAAUCACUGUAUAUACAGGCAUAUCUGCAUUAGAAAAUGGUGUGCCUCAAGGAUCAAUUUUAGGCCCAUUGUCGUAGUAUUUUUAGAACAUUUAUUAUUUUUUGACAUACACGUACACAUAAACAUACACGUUUUUUAUUUGACCAGAAGAGACCAUGUUUGGUUGGUUUUGGAAAGGGCGGAGCUGGGGAAGAUCCAAGGGGGUGGAAUCUUAUGGAGAGGUCCAUUGACUGGCAGGUCACUGGGGGUCACACUCCCUGUAAAAUCCCACCAUAGUGACGCCCUGAAUCUGUGGUCUCAAACUCCAUAUGAGUUUCAGACCGAGGCCAACGUUGAAUGUGAAUAAAAUAUGAAACCUUCCUGUGACUCCCCUGAAACCAAGUGUUUUCUAAGGCCUGAAUUCUCUUCACUGUGAUAUCAAGUCAACGUGGCCCACAGGCUCCAGGCGUUUGAGACCUCUUCCCUAAAUCACACCCUGCUUUAUCGUUUGCUUUGAACCAAAAUUGACAAAGUGGACAUCGUACUAAUCAUUGAGAAUCCAGAGAAUCCUGAGCAAAACAAUAAUAAAUUAAGGGAGAAGUAAGCUCAUUUCCAUCUAGACUUGUUUCACAUUGGCUUCACUUUCUAGACACGGAGCACAGGAAAUUUCUGUCAUCACAUUGUUUGAACUAUUCUGAACUACUGCCUUCUCCUCAGAAACUGUACGAGAGCAUUCGUAGUGAACCCUUCAAAAUUCCAGAGGACGACGGGAACGAUCUGACUCACACUUUCUUCAACCUCGACAGAGAAGGAUGACUUUUAAAACUCGUCCUCUGUGUCACGCAGUACUUUUUGCAUAACCCAAAUAUUUGCAUCCUGAUUUACCUGCGGGUGCAGUGACAGUUGCUUUGAACGACGACACAGAUAAUGACGGCGAUUACGCUUGUGUCUGCGUUCCUCUUAAAAACCCACCACUGUUGCAGUUGGUGGACAGUCAUUUGACAGCGAACGAUGGCGAUGGCUUGUCUUACACAUCUGCUCUUUCUGCUGUGCGUCGGCGUCACAGUGAGCACAGUGGUGGAUCUGCAGAAGAGAAUCAUCGGCGGUGUGGGCUGUGGACAUAAUGACCGUCACUACCACGUCCAAUUUAGGAUGGAUAAUGGAACUCAUGAAACAUUGUGUGGUGGCUCUCUGAUCAGUGACCAGUGGAUUCUGACCGCUGCUCACUGUCUGAUACCAGGACGGACUAUGUAUGCAGAUUUAGGUGUGCAUCCAGGUCCAGCAAGAACGGUGCAAAUCACAGAUCCACCCGUGACCUUCAAGGACAGCAACGGCAGGACACACGACAUCAUGUUAGUGAAGCUCCCCUCAAAAACUCAAACCCAGACUGUUCAACUUCCCGACUGUCAAAAUCCUCCCAGGCUAGGUGAUACAGUUCAGAUUGCAGGUCAUGGUGCUUCAACAUCAGGCCCAAAUAAUGAAAGACAACCUAAUUAUACAGCUGCUCUCCAAUGUGCCGAUACCACCAUUGUGGACUGUCAACGCAUAAAAAGGAUGAAAAACUAUCAUACUUAUGCUCAUGAACAAUUGAUGUGUGGCCAAAAACCUGGCGUGGACGCAUGCAAAGGUGACUCUGGUGGAGGAGUUGUUUACAAGAACAGGAUUUAUGGUGUCAUUGUCAGGGGCAAUGCCAACUAUACGUGUACAACCCCAGCAAAAUUUAUGGACAUCUGUCAUAAUCCAUACAUUCAAUGGAUCAACAGAAUCAUUGCCCAAAGCGCUGGUUAAAGGGUCUAAAUUGUUGUGGUUAAAAGCCAUUUCACAUUUUUGCUUAAAAAGUUGCUGAAAAUUCAUGAAUUCAUUUCGGGAAAUUUAAAUUUGCAAAAACACAACAGUAUGCUUUUUUUCUGUUCAUCAUCAUCAUAAUAAUAAUAAGACUAAUAACAGUCUGCUCUUUUUUAAGCAUUAAUAGCACACUUGUUUCUUUAUUGAAAUUAAAGGAGCCACAAUUGUGUUGUGUUCAUUUUAAAAGUCUUAUUUUAAAAGAUAACAAAAUGACUAUAAGGAAAUUAUUAGUGAAGAAUUUUGACAGGUUUUUUUUUUCUUUAAAACAAAAAAAGAUAGAAAAAAUAAAACUUGCAUGACUGGAAUUCUUGCUAGAAAAAAACUAGAAUUAGAACUAAAUUAGACCCUAUUCAUAGUCAUUUUUCAUGGCCCACCCACAGCACCUUUGCGGCCAACCAGGGGACCGCAACCCAGGCUUUGGUAAUCACUGGGAUAGUAAUAGUAGUAAAAUAUAACACAGUGGGCAUAGACCUGAUCCAAAAUAAACAAAAAAUACAACCAAAAUUUAGCACAAUAGUGUGUAGCAACGUGAAAGUAAGCUUAGCAAUUGUACCAAGUAUUUGCUGUGCACAAAUCUGAUUUAUUCAAUAAAAAAACAAGUGCUUA